AUGAAGGGAAGCCUCUCUCAUGAGCUAGACUUGGAAGCGACGGCCGAGGUGGCGUGGGGAAUUUACGGCACGCUUAAACUGACCGAAGUUGUCCUUAAACAGCUAUCGAGUAUGAUCUCAAAGAUUGAGGUUGAUGGUGAUGGGGGAGUUGGAACUGUUUUUUGUGCCACUUUUGGUUCUGAUAACAAAGUUUUCAAGGAGAAGGUUGUGACGCUUGAUAAUGAGAAGCGUAUUAAGGAGUUAUCGGUGACCCAAGGAGCGCUUUUGGACUUGGGUUUCACAUCAGAGUUGAUUCGUUUGGAGAUUUUGGACAAGGACGAGAGCUACUGCACGGUCAAGACUACUAUCGAGUACGAAAUAGAGGAUGAGCACGAGGCCAAAGCUUCACUCGUCGACGUUGCUAUUUUGGCUAUGAUGGCUGAGGCAGUUGCAGAGCAUCUCCGAGAGGAGAAAGCUAAUUAUAGUGUUUAAGCGUGAAACUUGUUCUAAUUUUCAACCUUAAUUUCUUGUUGGAUGAUGGAUGUCCUAGACAA